AUGCCUGAGAUUGAGUUAUUAUGGAGCGUCGAUGAUGUUAUCGAAUAUUCAAAACGAUGGGCGUUAACUCAUGGUCUGUUAUGUUUAGUUCCCAACGAAUGUGAUCAAGCGACAUUUGUUCCAUACACAUUGUUUCCCAGUUGUUUAUCGCAGAAAGAGUUUGAAUUCAUCUGGAACAUACAAGCGGACUAUAAUCUAUUAUACACAAAAAUCUCGCAGAAUGAUGAUAUCUUGAAGAAAGCUCUGGAGUCAGUAAUUCCCAUUGACGAUUUCGUUGCGCGCCUAUGGAAUAUUUAUUUAUCGUGUAAAACAAAUAGACAACAGCCUAUUCAGUUAGAUAUUUAUCGAAAUGACUAUAUGUACGACACACAAGCCAACGAUAAAUCGCAAACAAAAAUGCGUCAAAUUGAGUUUAAUACGAUUAGCUCAGCAUUUGCCGGUCUUACAGGUAUUAUAUCACAGUUACACAAGGCCAUAUUCCGAUAUUCUAUCAGAAAUUGUACAAUACGCGAUAUUGAACUCAAUAGUCAGCAACAAGAAUCGAGUGAUCAUUAUGUUAAUUUUAUGGUUAAUAAUGCUGUAGAAAAUGCAGCUAAAGCCAUAGCAAAAGCGUAUGAGUUGUAUAAUAACCCAGAAUCGUGCAUUCUGUUCGUUAUACUUCCGAAUGAACGAAAUGUAUGUGAUCAAGGUGCACUGUACGAUGCGAUUCAAAAACAAAUACCAAACGUCAAAAUUUAUUUGAAAACAUUCAAAGAAUUAGUGAAUGAAAUACAAUUGAAUCAAAAUAACAAUUUAUGUUUCAAAAACAGCAAGGAAGAAAUUUCGAUUGUUUAUUAUCGUGCCGGAUACAUACCAGAUCAUUAUUUUGACGAAUCUAUAUGGAAUAUGCGGAAAACAAUCGAACAAUCCAAUGCUAUUAAAUGUCCGACAGUUCACUCUCAGUUAGCUGGUUGUAAAAUCGUUCAAGAAUAUUUAACGCGUCCAAAUAUUCUGGAAUCAUUUAUCAGCAAUUCCCACACUGUGGAAAAAAUUCGUUCAACCUUCGCGCCAAUGUUCACAUUUGAUACGGAAGACGUGGAUUACAAAAAGAAUAUUGCUUUGUUACUAUCAAAACCUGAUAAUUACGUUUUGAAACCCCAACGUGAAGGUGGCGGAAACAAUGUUUUCGGUCAAGAUAUUUUACAGUUAUUGAGUGAUAAAAAAGUUCAGUUAUCAAACUAUAUAGCAAUGGAGAAAAUUGUUCCACCCGUCUCUCGUAAUUGUCUGAUCAAACCAAACGGUAAACAUUUAAUUAAUGCACAUGUUAUUAACGAAAUUGGCAUCUAUGGUACGACAGUAAGUGACAUGACAACAAAUAAAAUAUAUUUAAAUGAAGUUUGUGGCUAUUUGUGUCGCACAAAGACUCCG